AGGAAGAGAUCGCGAGAAACGACGCGGUCACAAAAGAGACUCAAAAAAGAAACCGAAAUCCGUGGGAAAUAGAGUAAAGUGAAUCCUUUCCGAGAUGCUGGGAGUGACGGUGCCAGUGCAGCUCACAAAAAUGCGAAACAGUGCGGAGGCGGUGGCGUCCAUAGCGCAGGAGAAGGGAUCCCUGCCGAGGGGCCAAGGACACGAGCAACAGGUGGGCAAAGAUCUGGCCACCAUAAUGGACGAUCUGCAGCGGGAUUUCGGAGACUACAAGUAUACGGUCUACCGGUGUGCCAGUAAAUUCGUGGCGCUGCAAAAGAUAUUUCACACCGGUAAAAUUCCCUACAAGCUGGUUUUGGCCAUUUUGGAUCGCCAUAACUUGAGCGGCGGCCUGGAACUGAUGGUUCCCCCGUUUCAGUUGACCUCCCUGCUCCACGAUGUAUACUUUGCCUGCGAAAAGCUGGGACCCUUUAACCAGGAUGUGAACUACCAACUGGACAGGGCCACCGGACUGCUGGCCAACUUCUUCUGGAAUGUCUACGAUCCGCAACGCCGGCACUCCAUUUCGCUGCUGGAGAUCAAGAUCACCUUUAUUCUGCUCUGCAAGCUUUAUAGCAGCGAUCACCUAGUGAGUGACAUCUUUGGCCUGCUGGCGGAUGCCAAGACGCAGAUCAUCUCCAGAUAUGCCUUCGAACAGCUCCUGGCCACGCUGAGCAAGCUGCUUAGCUAUUUGGGCGAGGCUAAGGCCUAUGGCGCCCAUAAUCUUCCCUUGGCGAUGGAGCAGAGCUUUGCCCGCUGUCCACAUGGCGUGGGCGGACUCGCCGAACCGCAGUUCCACAAACUCUGGACGGGAGCGGGUGUCCAGACACGGUUCCUAAUCUAUGGAAAUCUACUGGCCUUGGUGAAACGCAUCGAGGACACCGAGCAUUUGAUACACAGCAAUUCCUGCGCCGGCUGUCGCAAGGAGCACAUUGUGGGCAUUCGUUUUCGCUGUCAGGUGUGCCGCGAUAUAUCUUUGUGCCUGCCUUGCUUCGCAGUGGGCUUUGCUGGUGGUCGCCACGAGCCGGGCCACCGGAUGUGUGAGGUGUUCGUGGAGGAUCAGCCGCCGUUGCGUUGGACUCGCCACCUGGCCAAGCUGUGCGGUUGGCUGGUGAUCCCCCGGAAGACGCAGGAGGAGGAACGUCGUGGGUUCUGCAAUGCCCAGGAAAGUGGGGCCGCCUUAGGGCAAUCCGCUGCCACGCCCAUUCCCGCGGAGACGCGCAGUCUGCGUAGUCAGUGCCAGGAAAAAGAAAAGGAGAAGGAAAAAGAAAAAGAAAAGGAAAGGGACCGCACUGUGAUCCUCCAGCAGCAACAGGAGUUGUGCUCCUUGACGGGGCUGGCCAGCAAGGCCUCUAGCCGACUUCAGUCUAUCAUCGAUCGCUUGUUGCUUCAGAAUGCGAAAUUGGAAACCCAGCUGCAAACGGUGGCAACAACUUCCAGUUCGGAAAUAUCACAGUUUCUCAGCGCCCAUCAGAGUUUUCUGCUGCAAAUCAUCGAGGAUAUGCGACAGCUAUCGCAUUCAUCUGUGGCAGCCUCGCCACCUCCGCCGACUCCCCGCGUGGCUCCUCCAGCUGCUCCGUUGGUCAGCUCCACCUUUCUCAGCUCUAGCACUCCCCAGAGGCAGAUCUUCGAUAUGUAUGCACCCGUUGGUGCCAAUCUCACGCACUCUAUUAAUGGUGCCGAAUUGAAUAAGAGCUACUUAGAGGCCAACAAAUCGGAUUACUCCCUUAACGACAUUAGCUUGUGGUUCGAUCAGCGUCGCUCCAGCGUGCAGCCGGGACCUGGAUCCCUGCCAGCUCCUCUGGCCCUGCCCAUGCCACUGGGCGCCCUGCUGGACCAGCAGCCAGCAAAUGGCGGCGAUGGUCGCGACACCGAGAUGGUCAACUUUAAGUUGCUGCUGCACAAGGUCAAGGAGAUCGUCGAGGACUCGUACAGCGACAAUGCCGAACUCUCGGCGGCCACCCAAAAUCUGGAGAACGUUCUGGACAGCAUCAUCAAGAGUGAGGAGCAGCAGAGGCGAAUCAGCACAUGCCAGCACAUCGCUGGCCAUUUGCACCCGGUGGAGAUGCGUCAGUUGCUCCAGGCGCUGCUUGUGACUGCUUGCCGGCUUCAGCACCUCCUUCCAGGCUUCCAGCUCCUCGUUCAAGCUGGCCUCCAAUUCCAGGGCCACAUCUGCGGGCGCUUGGUUGUGAUCACUGACCUCCAGAACAUUAACAUUGCAGUGCAGCUGGAGCAGAUCGCGCAUCAGGCGAUGCUGGAGCAGGCGCAGUCGGUCUUCCGUUUGGGCGUACACAUGCCACAGCUGGCCGGGAUCAUCCCGAAGGAUCAGGACGCCACACCAUUGCGACAGCGGCUGACGGUUGUAGAAGAUACGCUGGACAGGAUCAGCGGCGGCCGAGCACCAAAAGAUGGAGUUGCUCCGCCUGGAGGAGAUCGACCAGACGGAGACGCACGACCAUCACCGCGGAGCACUCGGGCGGCAGCUGUCCCGCCUUGGAAACUGGCCGCCAUUUUAGCUGCCUACUGUGCUGAUCCUGGCAAGCCCAGAACUGCGCCAGCUGGUCGUAAUCCAGGGGCGGCUGGCCAUCCGGCUGCAGUGCUCCACGACGGCCUGGUAGGGAAUGGGGCCACCAACCACAUGAAAAGCCACCACAUCCUCGUGCUCUGCCACCAGUUCAAAGUUGGAACCGUACUCCUUGGGUCUUCGCAGGAUCAGCAGAACUUGCCAGCAGUGAAUCAGCAGGAAGAUCUCCUCUUGCUGCCACACAUACUUUCCGAAUUUGAGGGGCAGCUCGUCCGUCGGCUGGAGCAUGCUGCAGUCCAGCCUUCCCGUGCCCCGCAAAUCGAUGUAGUGCAGCAGAUCCUUACGCCGGAAUUCGUAGAACCUGAGGUUCCUCGUCAACAGCAAAGUGGAGGUGUUCCGGAAUCGGUCCCGCGGACGUCCCUGGAAGAAAGAAGUACAGAAGGCGAUCUGGGACCGCUGCAGGAGCAAUUCUGGUACAUUAUUCUGGACAGAUGGCAACAUGGAUACGGAAUCCACAAAAGCCCGCCCAUCGUCACGCGACGGAGCGCGCAGCAGGCGAAGAUGCAGACGCGGGCAAUGGCCAAUAAAUCGAAGACGGGGACGGCGGCAACGGCAGCGGGAGUGAUCGGUGGCUCUGCCGGCGGCGGCAUCGGCAGCGGCGGUAUCAGCAGCGGCAGCGGCGGAAUAAAUGCCGGCGAUCCGCGAAAAGCGAACAAACCGAGUGCAGCGCUCUUGGAGGCGAAACGUCGAGCGCGGAACAUGCUCAAGAACCAGAGCAACGCCAUGCAGGAGUGCGUCACGGACAUAUUCCAGAAUGCUGUCAAUUGCAAGGGUCUGGAGCGCAGGCCGACGGCCCUGAUCUACGAUGAAUCCAUGAGCCAGCACUGCUGUUUGUGGGACAAGGAGCACUACGAGUGCCCCCAACGCUUCACACGCGUCCUGGAGCGCUGCCGCGAACUUAAUCUGGCGGAGCGCUGCAUGGAGUUGCAAUCGAGAUCGGCCACCAGGGAGGAGAUUCUGCGUCUGCACACGGAGGAGCACUUCGAGCGGCUGAAGCAGACCGCCGGGAUUCGCGACGACGAGCGCAUGGAAGAGCUGAGCUCCCGCUACGAUUCAAUCUACAUUCAUCCGUCCACUUUCGAGCUUUCCCUGCUGGCCACCGGGUCCACUAUUGAGCUGGUGGACCAACUGAUCGCUGGAAAGGCCCAGAAUGGCAUGGCCAUCAUCCGGCCGCCCGGCCAUCAUGCCAUGAAAGCGGAGUUCAAUGGCUACUGUUUCUUCAACAACGUGGCCCUGGCCGCCCAGCACGCCCUCGAUGUCCACAAGCUACAGCGCAUCCUGAUCAUCGACUACGACGUCCACCAUGGCCAGGGUACGCAGCGGUUCUUCUACAACGAUCCCAGGGUGGUUUAUUUCUCCAUCCACCGCUUCGAGCACGGCAGCUUCUGGCCGCACCUGCACGAGUCGGACUACCACGCCAUUGGAUCGGGUCCCGGCACGGGAUACAACUUCAACGUGCCCCUGAAUGCGACGGGGAUGACGAACGGCGACUACCUGGCCAUUUUCCAGCAGCUCCUGCUGCCGGUGGCCCUCGAGUUCCAGCCGGAGUUGAUUAUGGUGUCGGCCGGGUAUGAUGCAGCGCUGGGAUGUCCGGAGGGCGAGAUGGAGGUGACACCGGCCUGCUAUCCGCACCUGUUGAACCCGCUGCUGCGACUGGCCGACUCGCGGGUGGCCGUGGUCCUGGAGGGCGGCUACUGCCUGGACUCGCUGGCCGAGGGUGCGGCCCUGACGCUCCGCUCCCUGCUCGGCGAUCCGUGCCCCCCGCUGGUGGAGGCACUGCCUCUGCCGCGCGCCGAACUGACCCAGGCCCUGCUCAGUUGCAUUGCCGUCCACCGGCCCCACUGGCGUUGUCUGCAGCUGCAGCGGACCUACGAGGCCGCCGAGUUGCUGGACCAGGAGAAGGGGCAGGAUCUGCACAAGGUGCUGCGCCUUUGGAUUGGCGGACCGCCGCCAGUGGAUCGUUACCCGACGAGGGACACGGCCAUUCCUCUGCCGCCGGAGAAGAUAGCCAGGAAUGCGGCCCGGCUGCAGGUGCUGCGCACGGAAACGAAGCUGUCGAUGCCGUCGGUGCGGGUCUGCUAUGCCUACGAUGCCCAGAUGCUGCUGCACUGCAACCUCCACGAUCCGGGGCAUCCGGAGCAGCCGGCGCGCAUCCAGCACAUCCACAAGAUGCACGACGAGUACGCCCUGCUGCCGAGGAUGAAGCAACUCGCCUCCCGAGCGGCCACCACGGAUGAGGUUUGCCUGGCCCACACGCGAGCACACGUGAAUUCGGUGCGACGGCUGCUGGGACGGGAUCCGGAGGAACUGCAUCAGGUGGCGGAGGGCUACAACUCGGUGUACCUGCAUCCGCGCACCUUUGACUGCGCCACCUUGGCGGCCGGAUCCGUGCUGCAGGCGGUGGACAGUGUGCUGCGCGGCGAGUCACGCAGCGGCAUCUGCAAUGUCCGUCCGCCGGGCCAUCAUGCCGAGCAGGAUCAGCCGCACGGCUUCUGCAUCUUCAAUAAUGUGGCUAUCGCAGCGCAGUAUGCCAUUCGGGACUUUGGACUUGAGCGCGUGCUGAUCGUGGACUGGGAUGUUCACCACGGCAACGGAACGCAGCACAUCUUCGAGUCGAACCCGAAGGUGCUGUACAUCAGUUUGCAUCGCUACGAGCACGGAGCCUUCUUUCCCAAGGGACCCGACGGCAACUUCGACGUGGUGGGCAAAGGAGACGGCAGGGGCUUCAACGUCAACAUACCCUGGAACAAGAAGGGCAUGGGUGACCUGGAGUACGCUCUGGCCUUCCAGCAGCUGAUCAUGCCCAUCGCGUACGAGUUCAAUCCCCAGCUGGUGCUGGUGUCCGCCGGCUUCGAUGCGGCCAUCGGAGAUCCGCUGGGCGGCUGCAAGGUGACGCCCGAGGGCUACGGCAUGCUCACCCACUGGCUGUCCGCACUGGCCGGCGGUAGGAUUGUCGUCUGCCUGGAGGGUGGCUACAAUGUGAACUCCAUAUCGUAUGCCAUGACGAUGUGCACCAAGACGCUGCUGGGCGAUCCCGUGCCGACGCCCCAACUGGGCGCCGCAGCCCUGCAGAAGCCGCCAACGGUGGCCUACCAGAGUUGCGUGGAGUCGCUGCAGUCGUGCCUGCAGGUCCAGCGUGGCCAUUGGCAGUCCCUGGAGUUUGUCGGCCGGCGGCUGCCCAGCGAACCCGUCGUCGGCGAGAACAACAACGAGGAUUUUCUUACCGCCUCCUUGCGACAGUUGAAUAUCUCAAGUGACGACGCUCCGGGGGCGGCGGCCGGACCGGCCGGCGAUCAGCCCGAUUGCGGCGAGGAGCGGCCCAGCGGCAGCAAGCCCAAAGUCAAGGUAAAGACGCUCACCGAAUAUUUGGCGGAGAACAAGGAGGCCCUCGAGCAGAACGAGAUGUUCGCCGUGUAUCCGCUUAAGACGUGCCCGCACUUGAGUCUGCUGCGACCGGAGGAGGCGCCGCAAUCAAUAAGCAGUGUGGAGGCUUGCAGCGUGUGUGGAGUGACGGGGGAGAACUGGGUGUGUCUGAGCUGCCGGAUCGUGGCCUGCGGUCGCUACAUGAACGAGCACAUGGAGCAGCACUCCCUGGAGACGCAGCAUCCGCUCGUGAUGAGCAUCGGCGACCUGUCCGUGUGGUGCUACGUGUGCUCCUCGUACGUGGACCAUCCCCGCCUGUACGCCUACCUAAAUCCCCUGCAUGUGGCCAAGUUCCAGGAGCCGAUGCCCUGGACGCACGCCUGUCCCAAGCGCGAGGACGGCUGCUAUCCACUGGGACCCGACGGGCGGGACGAGGAUGACGACGCCGGUUGCAGCGGCAUCUGCUUUCAGCUGGAACGCAACAACUGACCCUUGGCCAUCCGCGUGCUGGACGCCCUCACGGACUACAUGUGCACGCUGUGCCCGCCGCUCAGACACCUGAUCCAGUUCCUGGCCGAGCACCUCUGGCCGCUGCUGGAACGCAUUUACCUUAACCUCUUGCACUACUUCCUGGCUCACUGAGGCCUUAUCCUAGAUCCUGCAUCCUGCAUCCUGCAUCCUGCAUCCUGCACCCUCCAUCCAUCCCUUAGCCUCCAUCCCAGUUGACCUAAAUAAAAAAAACAUAUACAACAGGAAAAUAUUGUUAAUUCGGGAGCUGCCUGCCAGCCAGCUACUGGUUAUCCAGAUCAUGGCAUUUGGCACCUGGCUCCCUCAAAUUUUUACAAAUAAAAAUUGUUAAUGUUAUCAACUAAUGAUCUAAUAAAGACUUCGAGUGUUUUUCGAGUAUAUUUUA